GGGAAGCAGCUACAUCGACCACGCCCCCCACCGUGCCUGUACCGCCGAGCAUGUUGAUUUGCCUGCUGUCCGGUGCUUCCUUUGCAGAGGUGCUGAAGUUGAAGCAGGCCGGCAAGCAAGCCUUGCGGAGCCGCGUUGUAGAGGAGCUCUUGCAGAUGUAUCCAGAACUGCAGCCGACCGCCGUGGAGGCUGUACAGCUCGUGUCCUUCUCCUGGGACCCUUCCGUUCUGGGAUCCUGGACGUCGGGAAAGGUGGGUUCCAGCAGCCGAGAUUUCAGUAUCUUCCAGCAGGCGAUCCCAGGCAUGGCCUUCGCCGGCGAGCACACGUGCCGUUUGAUGUACGGAACUGCUCAGGCGGCCAUCGUCUCGGGGGCACGCGCUGCACAUGAGGUCUUGGCUGGUAGACUGGACGGUACAAUUGGAAGCGCCUGGCCUUUCUUCGACAAGGAGUUGUACUCGCUGUGCGACGAGCUUGCACAUGAGGGAAGAAGGGAGCAUUGCGGAUUGACCUGCCCAACGCUUUGGACACCAUUACCAGAGGGGGUGCCAAGCCUCUUUCAAGACUGGCAAGGCAUGCCGAAGAAAGCGCGGCGCUGCUGGAGCAGGUUAGGCUGGAGAAAGCUCUCCUGGAUGCGGCAAGCCAGGAAGCCGGCCUCUGGCUUCAAGAAGUGGCUGCUGCUGAGCUUCCCUGAGAAGGCAGCCGCCACUUGCUUAGGCUUCUCUGAAGAGACAUGGAAUGCUGCGUCGAAAGAGAUGACUGACAUCAUCCUGUGCAGAUCAGGAAGCACUCACCUCCAGUUCUGGGAUUGCUUGACGAAGAGCCAGCAGCGAGACUGGCAGCGCCUGGGCAUUGAUCGCUCCACUCUGAAUGAAGAGCUGCCAAGUGCCGUGGCCACAACUGGCUGGAGACAGCUGACCCGUCUGCAGCGCAAAGCGGCGAUCCGGAUUGGCUAUCGUCCGUGGCUGUGCGCCCCGGAGGUGUGUUCUACAUCCUUGGCCCAUGCCUGGGCAAAGUUCGAGGCAAAGCAGAGGGCCUGGAAAGAAGAGCAGGAGGAUCGCGAGAUCCGCCUGCUUGAGAAAGAGGAGGUCGCCAGCCGCGGAAGCCAACGGCUACCUUUCAUGGCCUUUGAGAGAGGUGUAGAAUGGGAGCGGCCCGGAGCCAAAGCAACCGCACCUCCAGCAAAGUUGCCGUCUCUUAGCCGAAUCAUGCAUUCCAUCCAGAGCAUGAACUUCUCGGAUCAGAGUUUGUCGGUGAUGACCAGCGGCAGUCUCCGCUCCAAUCCCGCUUUUGGUGGCUCUGGGCACUGCCGGGGAGGCCCGAAACUCCCACUGAAGCACAGCAAGAAGAGGCUCGAGAGCCUGCUGCUGAAGGCACCCAGGAAAAGCUCCCCGACUCGGCCCUCCUCGAAGUCAAAGAAUCGGAAGAGGGCCGCCUGGGGAGGCGGUUUGGAGACGCACGAGUUCCGGGUGGACACCGUGGAUCUCGAAGAGCCCUUAGCUGUGGUGGAGGCUCAGGCUCCUGAGCCAAAAACGGAAGAGAAGCUUGAGAAGAGGGAGGAAGAGUCGGACAGCUCCGAUUCCUCAUCCUUGACAUCGGACUCUUCCAGCGUUCCUUGGUGCAUUAAUGAGGACUCGUCGAGCGACCUGGAAGACUCAAGUGAGGAUGAGGCAAUGAUGUUGCCUUUGCUCGACUCCAACAACCAGCCCGUUCGCCGGUCCUCCGUUGCGGAGGCAUUCCUGAAAAAAGUGGAAGACAAUGGGGUUGAGGGUGACAACGAUGCUGAACUGGACUUUCCCUGGAGCGACGAAGAAUGCCGUAGCGUCUUCAUCAAGUUCGACACCGAUACCGACGGUGAGGUGGCGACUGAAGAGUUGCAAAUGAUGCUCAGGUACAUGGGCUGCAUUCUUCGGCCGGGCGAGAUCGAAAGACUCGUCAAGGACAUGUUCAGCUAUGCCACCGUCAGUUGGGAGGAGUGGAUGACUUUUUUGGAGAGAUAUCGCGAGGUGGAUGAACAGUACCUCCGGGAAGAGUUCGCAGCCGCAGAUGCGGACGGGAACGGCGUCCUAGAUGUUCAGGAGUUGCGUGCACUUCUGAACAAGAUGGGCUAUGUGACAGAAGCACACACUGUGCAAGAGGCCAUGGACACAAUCGGCUGCGGGGUCUCCGGCUGUGUGAAUCUGCGAAAAUUCGAAAAGCUGCGGGAACAUCUGCGAUGCACCGAAGGCUUGGCCAAAGACGACGUCCAGGAGCUUCGAACUCUUUACGAUCGCAUGGCAAGAACUGCAAAGGCCGAAAGCAGGUCACGAAAAGUGGACAUCGGAGCUGGAAGCCAGAGUGAUAUUGCCAAGAAGCUGAUUGCUGAAACACAGGAGAUGCCUGUGGAAGAUGUUUCCCGCCUUGUCAGGUACUUGGGGUACAGUAUCAGCGCAGACAAGCUCGACGCCAUCGCAAAGGAGGUGGAUAAUGACGAGAGUGGGUACAUCAGCUUCCAGGAGUUGCUAAAGCUGAUCCGCAGGGUCCGCGAUGCCGAGCGAGAGGCCAUCGCCUCCGUCUUCGAUCUCUUGACCGAGGAUGGCUCCCCCUUGCAGAUGCAAGAUCUUCCCCGUGCACUCGUGGAGCUAAAGUAUUUCCCUUCAGAUGAUCUCAUCUUCUCCAUCCUGGACGACUUGUAUCCGCUCGACAACCAAACGCACAUGACCCGGGAUCAGAUAGCUUCUUUCCUCCGUGAGUUCCGUGAGAGAGAAGGUUUGACACACCUUGAGACGGCUGACAUCCGCGAGGCAUUUGAUCAUCAGUGCAAGGUGACAUCACAGCGAAAGUUCGUUCAGCAAUUGGAGCAGGAUCCCGCCGUGACCAGCAUGACCAGCCCAAAGACACCCGCGCCUGCGAAGCCAGAAUCUGCGACAAAGCUCAAACCGGCGGCACCGAAAGCUUCCGCGCUGAGUCCGGCAGAGGACUAUGCGCCCAUCGUCCGAGCAUUGGACUCACUGCAAGCGAGCCGCGUUAUGCGAUGGUUCAACUUUGCCAAGCCCAUGCAGGAGGUGCAACAGCUUCUCGAACAGUUCGAUCUUGACGGCACUGGCAAGCUGGAGUUCGAGGGGUUCUUGAAGUUGAUGCACGGCUUCUUCUUGGAAGAGAGGGAGAAGCAAUGGAAUGUCUUCGCGAUGCUAGACAGCAGAGGCAAUGGACAUGUGCCUGUGUCAAAGCUUCCGUUUGCCCUCACGAAGCUCUAUGACGACACCAGCGUUGGCAUGACCAAGAGGGGAGAGCAAGCUGCGCGAACGGCGGGUUUCUCGCUCUUAGACACGAAGAAUGCCGUGUCGCGGUCUGCGUUCGAGUUGUUCUGCAGGAAUUUCAGAAAGCUGCUGAUCCAGGACGUUCGGCACAACGCUUGCUACACUCCGAGCGAGGUGGUGGCUCUUCGCGACUGCUUCGACCGAUUCGACAAGGACAAGAGCGGUACCGUCGAAAACACCGAGCUCGCCAAGAUCAUUGCGGAAUACUUUCCUGAGGCCACGAAGUCGAAGGUUCCUUGGAUCUGUGAUGAACACUUCGUAAGCGCAUCCGUGCUGGGGAGAGACUUCGGAUGGGUCAUUUUCAGGAUGGUCUUUAAAGGUCCGAGCCACUACGAUUGUAUCAGCCGCGGCAUGGAAGCCGAGGAAGGCCGAGCAGAGGUGCAAAUCAUCCUCAAGGACGUGGAUCAAGAAGGACUUGGCCGACUUUCUUUCAGCACUCUGCUGGUUCUCAUGCGAAGAUGUGACGACAUUCGCGACGAGAGAGAUCUUCAUGCGGAAAAGUUCCUUGGACCACACUUGUCGCAGAGAAGACAGCGCAGCUUGAAGUGGAAUCGAGUUGCUCAAAGGCAAGUGGUAGAUGAGCUGGGUUUGGAUUACGAAGAGGUGGAGGGUUUCAGGCAGAUCUUCGACUUGCAUUCCAAUUGGGUCCGAGAGCUGACCUUCGACUCCCUUCUUACCAUUAUCAGCCGCAUCGCCGACAUGAGUGAGGACGAUGUUAGUCUCCUGAGCGCCAUGGUCCGGGAGGUGCACCCCGAGCACAGGCUGCUGCUGAGAUUUCCCCACUUUCUGCAAGUGAUGCGCCGCCUCACAGAUGAGAACACCGGCAACAUCAACCACGCUUGCUCGCGGGUUCUCCGGAAGCAGUAUCUUUACUGCAUUCUGGCAGCAGCAGCGUGCGUCCAUGCUGGCUGGGCCAUGACCGACGAGUUCAUCUCCAUGGAGCUGCGGAAGAAGGAGGAAGCGCUGGAGACUUUAGAGGACGAGGUGCAGAUUGAACGGCGAAGAAGCGUGGGCGGCGAGGCAACUGCGGAGCCAGUAGAGUUCCACAUGGCUGACGAGGCCAGCCUCCACCCUCGCAAAAGUUCCACCAAUUCGGAUCAGGAGCUCGAUCCAGAGCUGAGCAGAGCGCGUCCUGCCACGCUGUCCCGAGUGUCGGACGAGACUUCGGUGGUUCCGCUCCCCGACGACCAUCAGGAGGAUGAGGAGGUCGAAGCAGAUGAGAUGUGGGAUAUGGAUUGGACUGCUGUGACAGGGCGCACGGCCACAGGUGCCGCCUCUGCCGCCUCUCUGCCGAACCAUGAAGCACAAGGAAAAGGAUAUCCCGACUCCGAGCGGCUACUGCAGCACAAGCUGGAGGAGGAAAUGGGCUGA